AUGAAUCCUGACCCAGUGGAACACGAACACGAACGCGCCCACCCGUGCGAUCGCGGAGAUCCUGUUCCCUUGGCAGGAUCUUCGACCGGCAGCACCAGCCAUAGCAAGGAACAAACAACUCGACACACUACUGCGAAUCCUGACCCAGUGGAACACCAGAAUCGUCGGAGCGCCACCGGUGCGGUCGUCACAGCAUACCCGGAACCGGUGGACAAUCUCAGUCGAUCUGGUGUAACUGGAAGAGGGACGGAAAAGGGACACGCUUCCCAUACCCCUAGAUCCAGUCCGCGGCAGCCGACAAAAACAGCAGAGCAGUUCUCUACGAAAUCGCAACAAGCCCACAACAUCAAACAUCCCAGUUCUGACGAACGCGAACGCGCCCACCCGUGCGAUCGCGAAGAUCCUGUUCCCUUGGCAGGAUCUUCGACCGGCAGCACCAGCCAUAGCAAGGAACAAACAACUCGACACACUACUGCGAAUCCUGACCCAGUGGAACACCAGAAUCGUCGGAGCGCCACCGGUGCGGUCGUCACAGCAUACCCGGAACCGGUGGACAAUCUCAGUCGAUCUGGUGUAACUGGAAGAGGGACGGAAAAGGGACACGCUUCCCAUACCCCUAGGUCCAGUCCGCGGCAGCCGACAAAAACAGCAGAACAGUUCUCUACGAAAUCGCAACAAACCCACAACAUCAAACAUCCCAGUUCUGACGAACGCGAACGUGCCCACCCGUGCGAUCGCGGAGAUCCUGUUCCCUUGGCAGGAUCUUCGACCGGCAGCACCAACCAUAGCAAGGAACAAACAACUCGACACACUACUGCGAAUCCUGACCCAGUGGAACACCAGAAUCGUCGGAGCGCCACCGGUGCGGUCGUCACAGCAUACCCGGAACCGGUGGACAACCUCAGUCGAUCUGGUGUAACUGGAAGAGGGACGGAAAAGGGACACGCUUCCCAUACCCCUAGGUCCAGUCCGCGGCAGCCGACAAAAACAGCAGAACAGUUCUCUACGAAAUCGCAACAAACCCACAACAUCAAACAUCCCAGUUCUGACGAACGCGAAUGCGCCCACCCGUGCGAUCGCGGAGAUCCUGUUCCCUUGGCAGGAUCUUCGACCGGCAGCACCAACCAUAGCAAGGAAAAAACAACUCGACACACUACGGCGAAUCCUGACCCAGUGGAACACCAGAAUCGUCGGAGCGCCACCGGUGCGGUCGUCACAGCAUACCCGGAACCGGUGGACAAUCUCAGUCGAUCUGGUGUAACUGGAAGAGGGACGGAAAAGGGACACGCUUCCCAUACCCCUAGGUCCAGUCCGCGGCAGCCGACAAAAACAGCAGAACAGUUCUCUACGAAAUCGCAACAAACCCACAACAUCAAACAUCCCAGUUCUGACGAACGCGAAUGCGCCCACCCGUGCGAUCGCGGAGAUCCUGUUCCCUUGGCAGGAUCUUCGACCGGCAGCACCAACCAUAGCAAGGAAAAAACAACUCGACACACUACGGCGAAUCCUGACCCAGUGGAACACCAGAAUCGUCGGAGCGCCACCGGUGCGGUCGUCACAGCAUACCCGGAACCGGUGGACAAUCUCAGUCGAUCUGGUGUAACUGGAAGAGGGACGGAAAAGGGACACGCUUCCCAUACCCCUAGGUCCAGUCCGCGGCAGCCGACAAAAACAGCAUCAAACUACCAGCAGCAACAAACCCACAACAUCAAACAUCCCAGUUCUGACGAACGCGUACGUGCCCACCCGUGCGAUCGCGGAGAUCCUGUUCCCUUGGCAGGAUCUUCGACCGGCAGCACCAACCAUAGCAAGGAAAAAACAACUCGACACACUACGGCGAAUCCUGACCCAGUGGAACACCAGAAUCGUCGGAGCGCCACCGGUGCGGUCGUCACAGCAUACCCGGAACCGGUGGACAAUCUCAGUCGAUCUGGUUACGAAUGGAUCAACAACCCGUGGAUAUCACCAGACGCCGUCGGUGGAAAUACGAUCAAGCUGACUGGACUGAAUUUGAACAACAAGUCGGACACGCGUGUCGCAUUUCACCACCAACCAACUUCGAUGAACUAA